GGCUCUAAUAAUCGUAAUUGUGCGGUUCCUCUCUGCAAGUCCUACGGGGUAAUAUUUGAUAACAAGCGCAACAGAAAUGUGACUUACCAUAAGAUACCAAGCGAUUUAAAUGUAAGGCAAGCAUGGCUGCAGCGUAUUAGAAGGGAGGAAAACUCAACUUUUAAGGUGUGGAACUAAUUUUUUUCUGUGAUUGUGAGUUCGAAUUCGUACUGCUUCACCGAUCUCUUACAUAUCGCUUUUUCUCUAGGUGCAGAAGCAUACAGUCGUCUGCUCCCUUCAUUUUACGGAUGAGGACUUAGAGUAUUCUAGUUUUAGUUGUAGGUGGUUUGUGAAAACUGGCAGACUUCCCUCUGUAUUCGAAUGCUGGGAGCACAAGCCAUACCUAAUCCCUAAGGUUCAGAAUAAGAGGAAGCUGAACAAGAAUCAGAUUCGAUCGAGUGAAACCAGUUGUAAACAUCAAAGAGGUGAUCCUAGUCGUACUGGAAACGAGAUUGAAUCGGCUGAAGUGUUUAUUGAGUCAAGUGAUACUUCUGAGGAGAAAAACUUUCACAAAACCGACGAAGAAAUAUCUGAGCUAAAAGCUGAAGUUGUAACACUAAGGGAGCAGGUAAAAACAGCUAACAACAAGAUCAAACAGCUUGAGGAAACAUUAAGUGGAAUGGAAUUCUGUAUUGAGAAUAUUGAAGACAAAGAUAUCUGUUUUUAUACUGGAUUUCCUAAUCGUGAAGUCUACAAUGCGGUGUUAACUUAUUUUAACCCAGGUCCCAAUGGUGAAAAUUUAGUGUACACUCGAACUGAUCCAAGACCUGACAUAGAGUCUACACCCCUGCAAAAACGUGGACGGCCCAGAAAACUAUCUCCUUCCAAUCAGUUCUUUUUAUUCCUUUGUAGGGUUAGGGUUGGGCUCUUUGAAUGUGAUCUUGCAUUUAGGUUUAACAUUUCUAUUGGGACUGUAAGUAACAUUGUUAUUUCUUGGGUUAACUUUCUAUAUCUAAGACUUGGAUCAUUAAGCAUCUGGCCAAGUAAAGAAACAAUAUUAGCAACAAUGCCAGAUUCAUUCAAAGCAAAAUACAAAGACACUAGGGUCAUCAUUGACUGUACCGAAAUAAAAGUAGAAAUGCCUUCUUCGCUGGUCCUAAAAUCUCAAACGUACUCAAACUACAAAAGUGCCAAUACAUUAAAAGGGCUAGUUGGCAUUUCUCCAAGUGGAUCCAUAACAUUUAUAUCUCAGCUGUACACUGGCUCAAUAUCAGACAGGGAAAUUACUGAACGCUGUGGUAUUCUUAAAAUGCCAUUUCAAGCAGGCGACAGUUUAAUGGCAGAUAAAGGAUUCGACAUCCAGGACUUGCUAGAUCCAAUCAGUGUCAAGUUAAAUAUGCCUCCUUUUUUGCACAUGCAAGACCAAAUGCCUGUUCAAGAUGUUCUAGAGACACAGCAAAUAGCUGCCGAGAGAAUACAUGUUGAAAGGGCCAUUAAUAAGAUUAAAAACUUUCAUCUAUUUGAUCAAGUUAUUCCAUUAUCUCUGGCUGGCUCUAUCAACCAGUUAUGGACUGUAUGUGGAUUGCUGACUCUUUUUCAAAAACCGAUCAUUUCAUGA